GCACAGCAGCAAAAAGAAAGACAGAAAGAGACAGAAACAAACUGCUGCCACAGGCGGUGAGUCAUUUUUCUGUUUGGGACUGAAGCAGCCAAAUUGAGCCAAAUUGACUUCAAGGUCGCUUGAAGCAAAUCAACAACACACGUGUGGAGUCUUCAGCGUACCGUUAUAACCAAACUUUCUUCCAGAGGAUAUUGCCAAAGUGAUUCUUGGGAUGUGAAGAGAAGAAGACGAUCCUGGAAACUGCAACCACCUGUUGCACUGCAGUUUUAGCAUCAACCGGCAGACACGCCGCUGUUAUAAGGACGUGUUUAAAAACCAAAACCAAUCAGCGCACUUACCUGGUUGAAAACCUUUAACCAAUUAGGUGCCUACUAAAUCGUUUCCCAUAACAAACCUGUGAAAACCAGGCUCACAGGGAUUGACCCUUGGCAUUAAAGAUGACUUUUGCGAUGCUGCGAACGGCAUCUCCCGCAGGCCGCUUCUUGUACGGUGACAUUGCUCUCCUCUCUGAAGACGAUGAUGAGAAUGGCAGUGAAGGCUCAGGCUCAGAGGAACGCUCCACCAAUUCUGCGACCUUCCGCCUGUCAUCCUCGUCCCCUUCUGCCUUUCACAUCAAGAUGAACAGGAAGAGAAAGCUCUGCAUGGGGGGAGCAGGCACAGCAGCGGUCGAGGCCGUUCUAGGGAGACUUGGACCCCCGGGCUCAUCUCCCCCCACUGAAAUUCGUCAGAGGACAGCAGCCAAUGCUCGCGAGCGAGAUCGAACCAAUUCUGUCAACACCGCAUUCACGGCUCUACGCACGCUCAUCCCUACUGAGCCUGCAGACAGGAAACUGUCGAAGAUCGAGACUCUUCGCUUGGCCAGCAGCUACAUCAGUCACCUGGGGAACGUUUUGCUCCUGGGCGAGGGGCUUCAUGACGGACAGCCCUGCCACGCUCCAUCGCCACCGUUCUUCCAUGUCAACUCCUCCCCGAAUCGAGGAUCGGACCAAUCAGGCCAGCCUAAGCACAUCUGUACGUUCUGCCUCAGCAACCAGAGAAAAAUGAACAAAGACAGAGACAGGAAGACGGCCAUCCGAAGUUAACAACCGAAUGGAGAAAAGGCCGACGCUCUCAGUGAUUCAUUGUUUUUGAAAACUACGAUAACUUGAGGAUUCAGCAGACGUGUCAUACAUAUCUGUGACUUGACUUCAAGUACGACAGCACUUAUCAUCAGACUUUUUGAAGAAACUUUACAAGACGUGUUUGUAUAAACUUUUUUCUCCAGUGAUCUUUUUGAGUGUUUUGGCUUUGGAAAAACAGCAUUUCAAGACUCUCUUUGACAUGCACAUAAAAGCCACGAAGACCCUUUCAUUGUGGGACUUUAUUACUGUAUGCACGAGAGUAAAGAGCCCUUGGCACAUGAUCACAAAACACACAAGCCUAUGAAAGACAAAUUUGUAUUCAUCAAAAGCUGUGUAAACUGUAAUAUAAAUGUGUAUUUAUGUGACAUAACAUAUAUGAAACUAUGUUAUUUAACAGGCAUAUCAAUUUUCUUAGAAAAACAAUUAAGAGUCACUUGCACAAAACAUUGCCCUUUUUUACAAGUUUAUGGCAUUAUGUGGUGGUUAUAUGCUGGAACUCUUGUUGUGGUUUUUCUAUUUCUGAGAGUAUUUUUUUGUGUUGUGCUGAAGAAAU